AAAAAAACACAUUCCACAAUUCAAAAUGAGUUGCUCAAGUAAUGACACGCCUGCUCCUCCGCCGCUGCACGUGGCUGUAUGGGAAGGCGACAUCGAGCGCAUCCGCAGUAUCCUCAACGCUGUGUGUCCCGAAGGUGAAGAAUCCCGAGAUCCUGAUAAAGCGGAGGCGUUAAAAACCCUUCUGGAGACCAAAGACGUUCGAGGGAAUUCCGCUCUGCACUUGGCUGUGCGCAUCGUACAGCCCCGUCAACAAGCUAUAGUAAAACUGCUAUUAGAUCGCGAUGCAAACGUCGCGUCUCGCAAUUCUGACGGCUGGAGCUGCGCCCACGACGCCGCUUUGCUUGACGAUGAGUACAUGUUGGCUCAGCUGUAUCUACAGGGCGAAAAGCAAGUGAUAAAGUCGCUAGAGUCGGCACAAGAGACGUUCAUGCAGGCACUAGAGAAGCUUCCGGACUUUGAAGCGGAAAUCUUCAUUGAGGCGCAGUCGUGGGUGCCCAUAGUAUCCAGUGUCUUACCGUCGGAUACUAUCCGUAUCUGGAAAUUCGGGUCUCAAUUACGGAUCGAUUCGGCGCUAAAAGGACUGGACGGGGUCAAGUGGAAGAAAGGACCGAUGAGUCACGUGUAUAUGGGGAGGAAUACUGGGGAGAGAGCGGGUCACGCAGUGGUGAUGGAUCAUACCAGUAAAAAGUUCUAUGACGUCUUGGAAGCCAUGCACAACUCGUCAGUGGGGAAUAUGGACAUGGCUCUACAAGUUUCGUUGACUACAUCCAUGUCAUCGUCCAGUUUGGACGCGACCAACUUGGAAUUUAUUAAACAAAAAGAUGUCAAGGCACAAGGGAAGAGAGAUAAGAGUAGAAUUCAAGACGAUGAAGAGAACAAGAAAAGUCGAAGUAAACAGAGGAAAUGUCCGUGGCCUGGAACUACUUACAAGAUGCAGAAUUUCUCAAUGGAAGCGCAGUUUAGACCCGUUGUCAAGCCUGAUCGGAAGCUUAAGCAACUACCCACUGGCAAGGACACGCCGUUCGAGGAAGUGCAGCAGUUUGUCGAGCAUAUUCAGUCGUCUGUGACUCAUGGUAAGAACACGAAAAGCUCUAAAUCGACACAGAAGAAGAGUUCUAGUCUCAGUAGUAACGAUGGGAAUGCUGGACAAACUCUACGUAUCGAAAAGGGGCGAAAAGUGGAGAUGCAUUUGGAUGUGAUCGCUGGAGACACGAUUCGAUGGGAUUUUCUGGCAAAAAGCAGCGAUUUCUGCUUCGUCGCGACGUAUUUCCACGAGGACCAACAGCAAGUUGUAUGUCGUACCGAUGGCGUUAAGAACAUGGCGAUUGUUGGAGCUUUCGAAGUCGAACACAACGGCAGCUUCGUGCUGAUGUGGCAGAAUACGCAGAAAGGAUUUACGAUGGACCGAAAUGGCAUUAAGAUCAAGUACGAUGUUCAGCAUACUCGAUCGGCUGCUAACGAACUCCCGGCAGAUGCUGCGACUGUGGAGCCUGCAGCAUCACCGGAGUCCGAGGAGGUUGAAGAAGAGGCAAGCAACAAACCCCGAAAACUCACUGACGAACAGAAAUGCGAGGUUUUCCGUCAGUUAGACCACAUCCCGAACCCAAUCACUACCACAACAUCCUUCGUGGACUAUUUCAAACUCAAUGACGUUGCGAGUGAGUCGAAAGAUUCUCUUGACGACAAGCAGCAGAAGAAGUCAUUAUUUAAGAUGUUUGAGGACAAGAAACAUCAGACAGCAACCGCAUCGUCUUCGAGAAACGGUACAGUUGAGACUGCUUUCGGUAUGAAGAACACGUACCGGAGUCUGACGCUUCUGCCAGCCACGCGUCGAAUGCGCAAAGAUUUCGAGGCAAAAGUUGUAAUGACGGAGAAUUUUCCUUUCCAACUCCGAGAUUUCCUUCCUGUUAUCAAGUUCAUUUCCACUACUGGAGACCACGUGAAGAACCUCGAGGAGUUUUUCCAAAUGAAACUUCCUCCAGGUUUCCCUGUCAAGUUUGAGCUGCCCAUGAUGUUCACGAUCCGCGUCGCGUACACGUUCCAGAAGAUCACACUGAACCCGCAGCUGGAUCCCAAGAUGUUUGAGAUUCCGAGCGACUACCAGGAAGUGUUCACGUUAGAUGAAGUGCGCUCGUAGACACAAUUUUGCAGAAAUAGAAAAAAAAAAAUGAUUAUCGGUCUAGUUGAUUUCUAGCUUAAAGAGAACGAGAACCAAGUAUUCUAUUUUUUUAGUAAUAUGUUUGAGAGAUCGAACUUUCGCC